AGAAGUAAAGCAAAAUGGCGGCUUACAUUGCAACACAUGAUCGUUCUGUUUUAGCUAAACCACAUGAAGACACUAAAGCAUCUGUCACUCAGAAUACGACUCAUAAAGACAUAAUAGGUAAGUGAACUAGAUAAAAAUGUCUCAAAAAAUUAACUGAUGUUGCAUAGUUAAGACCGGCACUGGACCCUUCAUUUUACAGAGAAAUAAUUUGGUCCUACAUACUGGGUAUAGGCUGAAAAACAUGUAAAAGAUUAUCCUCAACAAAAAUUUAAAAUUUUUUGCAGUAGUUUUAGUUUAACGUUCUUGCCUUACUAAGAAUUCUCAGUUAUAGGUAAUCUAUUUGUGUGUGCAAGGUGCCUGGGAUAAAGCUACUGUACUGUUUUGAUAUCAGAACAGAGGCCGUCGGAAACAGAGGCCAUCCCAGUGUUAACUGCCAGAUACCUGGUAACAAGACUUGAGGUUUAAAUUUUCCAGUCAUGCUGGGUGUAAAGACCAUGCACCAAAUGUUUAAAAGGUGGUUAGCACUAUCCAGCAGAUCAAUCACUGUCUAGUGGAUAGCACCAUUGGUUUUCCCGAAAAAUUUUUUACUGGAUAGUGAUUUAUCCGGUGGAUAGCACUAUCCAUCUUUUGAACAACCAGGGCCAGCAAUCUUUCUUGGUGCAAGCCUAGUAGUGUACAUGUAUGCUUUCGUAUGUCAGAACAGUAUCCUGGGCAGUACCAGCAUUUAAAGUAGAUCAUUCCGUAGGUUUGGCACUGGGGCAGUAAAUGAGUAGUCACUAAGAGAAGUGUUGUCGUCAUCAGAAGAUCAUGGUUUGUAUCGAAAAAUAGUUUUGAGUUUUAGUAAGUUUUGUAAAUGCAGGAGCAAGUCCAUUUUAGGCUCAAUAUAUAGGUGAAACGUAUUGCACUUAACACAGGAGUUUUCUGUUAAAAAUUUACCCAUGGCAAUUAGUAAGGGUCACAAGCUCAUUGUUUGUGAACUGUAAACUCAAUUGACAGAGAUCAAAAGCAACAGAAACGACUAACCCUGUCUGUGUAUAACAUUAUGGUGCUUCAUUUACCUUUCUGAUUCUUCUUAGGGUAAACUUAUUGAUAGUAACGAUGAAAUAAUAAAAAAAUGAUGUAACAAACAAGAGAAAGAGUGAGACCAAAUACACCCUUUUUAAUUUCAGAAAUAGGGAAUGACCUUUACCAGAAACUAAAAGAUGACCAUGAGAGAGAACAGCAGCAGAAAGUCACAGAGGUAGAGAAGAGAGCAUGGCGCUUGGCAUCCGAGGAGAAAGCAAGAGCUGUAAAGGGAGCAAGAGAAGCUGCUGAACUAGAAUUAGAAAAAGCCAUGGCUGCUGCUAAGAAAGCUCAGGUGAAUUCCCUUCUGAACAUGCAAUUUUAACAUGUACUUGAAUGGUUUUCCUACAGAGAGGGUGUAGGUCAUUUUUUGUGCUGCACAUCUGCCGUGGUGGCAUAUCCCCUUAGAAUUGUGCUGGUUAGAGCACUUACUGCAGUAGCCCAAACCAAGUCAUGUCAGACCUGGGACUUGAACCCACACAAAGCAUAACACCACAAUAGGCUUGUGAUGUGUCAGCAGCAGCAAUAAUUAAGUUAAGCCCUAACAUCUUUCAAGUUUCUACUCAUACAAGCUUUUGUUUAUAUACAAAAGAGGCCGUUAGUCUGUUCAAAUAUGACUAAAUUUAAUAUACAACUUGUAACUACAAUAAAAUCUUGAUAGGGCAAACUUAUUAUAAUGAGACUCUUGUGUGACAAAAUUAUGAAUAUUAAUUUCGAUGAUACAUUGGUCCCCGUUAUAGUAAAAAAUAUUAAUCUAUAAUUGCAUAUCAUUUUAAUGCAAAGAACCAAAACCCUGAUAAAGCCUCUGUUUAAAGUGAAUGAUUUUUGGCAGCCCUUGGCACUUCAUUACUAUACAGUAGAAUUUGCUUGUAGAUCUGUGUUAUUAACUUUUUAAGAGUAUCCAUCCCUGAAUACGGUUAACACUUGGCCUGCAUGUUUCUUUUUACGAUAAAAUAGGAAAAGGCAGUAAAAGCAGAGUCAAAGAGAGUUGAGGCACUGAUGAAAAAACUUGCAGCUCAACAAGUUCAGCGGGAAAAAGAGGAAGGUCAAAAGAGACUUGAAGAAGCACUUGUAAAAGCCAGAGAAGAGUAUAUGAUAGAGAAGGCAAAUGCUGUACAGAAGGCUAGAGAAGAGGAACGAGUCAUCGCAACUGAAGAGGCCAAGAGAGUGGCUCAAGUUGAAGAAGAUAAAAGAAAACAGUUGAUUUUAGCUGCAGAAAAGGAGAAACAGGUAAACAUACCUGUAGUUAUUUGUUUCUUUGAGUUUUGGACUGGCAAUAGUGCAGCAAUCAGCAAACGACAUCAGAUAAAUCAUGUCCAGUUGAUAAGAAUUCCCAAAGAAAUAUGCAUUGGAGCACAGUACAUGGUCCAAAGCAAGAAAAACAUUGAACUGGUUGAGAUCUUAUAGCACCACUUAAAAGAAAUAAAUUUAACCUCAAAAUUUGAGCACCUCUGUAUGGGUUCCCGCGGACAUCAAUUUCAUCCUGCAUUUGCCAUUGAAUUGUUGGAUGUUUAGGCAAGAUCAUCGCAUAUCAACAAUAAUUAUUAUUUUGUGUGGUAAUGCUACUAGCUUGAACUCAGCACAACCACAAUGACAAUGGAUACAAGAAAAUAAAAAAAGGUAACAUGUUUAAUAAGCAAAACAAAAACUCUUGACAUGCAGCACACUUUUUCAGGGUUCGCACAGUCUUGAUAUAUCCUUGAAUUUUAGGGGAAGUCCUUGAAAAGUCCUUGAAUUUUCUUCAACUUUGAAUGUAGUGGCCUGGAAAGUGUUUCAAUGUUUUCUGGUCAUCCAAGACGAAAUAUACAUGUAAAUCAUAGCCAGAGAAGUUAAAGGCGAUUUACAUGAAGCAUUGUUUGUUUUAUGCAAUAAAUAGCUAUCAAGUUAAGUUGGUGAAGCAAACAUACAGUUCAAGCUUUUAAGUCCUGUUAGAAUGCACUGGAAAUGUGCAAGGGCGUCAUUAAAAGGCGUCACCUUGCUGGCUUCAUUGCCAUUAACCUGUUACUGCCAUAAGUGUAAAUGCUCAUUCAAGCAAAUAUAAUUCUCCUGCAUUUUAGCAAGCUUUGAAGAAUUUAAAGGAAAGAUUAAAACAAGAAGAAAAACAGGCAGUGCUGGAAAUGCAAGAGAAAUGUAAAAAGGAGGAGGAGGAAAAACUUCAGCAGCAGAAGGAGGUCCAUUUGAAGGAGGUAAAGGAAUUGCAAAGUCGUAUUGAAGAGCAAGUUAAACUCACAGAAGCUGCCAAAGAUGAUACAGAAAGGAUUCUUGAAAUGAAGGGUACUGUGGAAGAAAAGUUAAGAAACACCUUGACUUCAUUUCAAAACUUUAUAGACACAACAAAGGGUUUUAAUAAAGGACAGUCUGAUUUCAUGUUACUGGACCCGUUAAAGGACUUACUAGAGGACAGCUGA